UACUUCGAGCAGCUUCGGAGAAUUGAGAAAGAGGGCAUGCGUCAGUUUGCCUUUGUCGACUUUCCGAAACUCCACGAGCUCACGUACGCGUGAUCUGGCAUAGUGUGAGAGAGUGCCUUCGGUGCACUUCUGGCAUCUCUGUUUCUACCACGAGUGGCGGCGUGUUACCACCACAAACGCCAGCCCAUCGGCGCACUCGACUUUCCCCAAAGCCUCACUCACGGCCCACGACUCACGCGACUCCUCUCGUUCGUUCAGUUUCUCAGUGUACCGUCGCGCGGAGAGAGCAUUUCUUCACGAUUCCCCCAGUCUUCUGUCGGUCGAAGAGAUAGAUAAGAAGGCAAGGACCGUUCGCGGAAUGCAGCCUCGGCGAUAAAAGUAAAAAUUAUUGUUGCGGAUUUUCUUCUCACUGGACCGAAUCGUGAAACAGGAUUUACCCUAACCUUCAAAGAAAUCCGAAAAGGAGGAAGUUUUCGAUUACCGGUCUCCGUCGAAGAAAGUGAAUCGACAUUAAAACAAAGAGAAGCUAUCACCGAAAUUCAAAUAUGACGCGAGGAAGACACAAGAGGAUGUUGAUACUAGUUGCUAUCUCGUUAGUGGUGGUACUUGCAGAUCCCGAACCUUCGGAUGAACUUUAUAGUCGGUUUCAAAAAUAUCGCGACGAAGACAAGUGUUACGAUGACACCGGAAAGCCGCAGAGGUGCAUACCACCUUUCGAGAACGCAGCUUUCAAUGUGCUCAUGGAAGCGACGAACACGUGUGGGCAGGAUCGGCCUACAGAAUUUUGUAAACAGACCGACGUUCAAACGAAGUCCUGCGAGAUUUGUCGUUAUGGCGACCAUCCGGCCAAGUAUCUUACCGAUCACGAUAACAACGACGACGCGACCUGGUGGCAGUCGGAAACGAUGUUCGAGGGCAUUGAAUAUCCAAAUCAAGUUAAUCUUACGCUUCCUUUAGACAAGACAUUCGAUAUAACGUACGUUCGAGUGCUUUUCGAGUCGCCACGUCCAGAAAGCUGGGGCAUCUACAAGAGGAGAAACGAGGAGUCACCAUGGGAGCCUUAUCAAUUUUAUUCCGCGACUUGCAGAGAUAAUUAUGGCUUACCGGAUUCGAAGGAGACUGUGGAAGGGGACGACACGAGGGUGCUGUGUACCUCGGAAUAUUCCGAUAUAUCACCCUUGACAAAGGGCACCGUCGCAUAUUCCACUCUGGAAGGUCGACCUUCGGCUUACUACUUCGAAACUAAUACGGCGUUGCAGGAAUGGGUACAAGCAACCGAUUUAAGAAUUACUCUGGACAGACAAAACACGUUUGGAGACGAAGUGUUUGGUGAUGAUCACGUAUUGAAAUCUUAUUACUAUGCGAUCGCUGACGUCGCCGUUGGAGCACGUUGUGCCUGCAACGGCCAUGCUGGGGAAUGUGUAAACAGUACCAGUGUAGAUGGAAGAAUUCGCAGAGUAUGUAGGUGCGAACAUAAUACCGCGGGUCCAGAUUGCAACGAGUGUUUACCAUUUUACAACGAUGCUCCAUGGGGGCGUGCUACAACUACAAACGCGCACGAAUGCAAACCCUGCAAUUGCAAUGGGUAUUCGGAGAGAUGCUACUUCGAUAAGGAGCUGUAUAAGGCCACUGGCCACGGUGGUCAUUGCCUGGAUUGCCGUGCUAAUCGUGACGGCGCGAAUUGCGAACGUUGCCGGGAGAACUUUUACCAGCGGCCAGAAGACAACUACUGCGUCACCUGCAACUGCAACGAAAUCGGUUCUAGAAGCUUACAAUGUAACAGCGAAGGAAAAUGCCAAUGUAAACCUGGUAUUACGGGUGACAAAUGUGACCAUUGCGCAACAAAUUAUUAUAACUUUGGCUCAUACGGUUGUACUUCCUGUGAAUGUGACGUAGCUGGCUCCCUGUCAAAUACACAGAACUGUAAUCCUGCCAGUGGCACUUGCAUCUGUAAAGAGAACGUUGAAGGAAAGCGUUGUCGAGUAUGUCGACCAGGAUACUUCAAUCUUGCGCUGGACAAUGAGUUCGGUUGUACGCCAUGCUUCUGCUACGGCCACUCUUCAGUGUGCAGACCAGCAACCGGAUAUUCGAAACUUGUAAUCGAAAGUAUGUUCGUGAGAGCAGCUGAACGAUGGACAGCUACUGUGGCUGGCAACUCAAUACCGCUUCAUUAUGAUCCUCUUACUCAAACAGUAUCAGCCACGGCACUGGACCGAGACAACGUCUAUUUCGUUGCACCUGAUAGAUUCCUUGGCGAUCAACGAGCCUCGUAUAAUCAAGAUUUGUCAUUCACGUUAAGAAUCGGAGAGGUUGGGCCAGCGCCCACUGCCCGUGAUCUAAUACUCGAAGGAGGAAACGGUGAACAAAUCACGCAACCGAUCUUCGGACAGAAUAAUCGUUUGCCUACUGUAACACCGCAAGAAUAUCAUUUUAAACUGCACGAGCACCCUAACUAUGGAUGGGAACCACGUCUGUCCUCCCGAGCUUUCAUGUCCAUCUUAUCAAAUCUAACAGCUAUAAAAAUUCGUGGGACCUAUACGCAUCAAGGCAGGGGAUUCUUGGACGAUGUUAAGCUGGAGACUGCUCAUCGUGGAGCUGCUGGUGAAUCCGCUGAUUGGAUAGAACAUUGUCAAUGUCCCCACGGUUACGUGGGACAAUUUUGUGAAUCUUGCGCGCCCGGAUUCCACCACGACCCACCAAACGGUGGUCCUUUUGCUCUCUGUGUUCCUUGCAAUUGCAAUAACCAUGCUGAUAUUUGUGAAGCCGAAACUGGUCAAUGUAUUUGCCAACAUAAUACAGCUGGUAGCAAUUGUGAAUUGUGUAAACGUGGAUAUUAUGGUCACCCAUUGAAGGGAACACCUAACGAUUGUAACCCCUGUCCUUGUCCUGACAAUGGACCUUGCAUAUUGCUUGGCAAUAAACCAGACCCAAUUUGCUCCGAAUGCCCGUCGGGUAGAACAGGACCUAGAUGUGAAACAUGUUCCGAUGGAUAUUAUGGAAAUCCUGAGAAAGGUGUUGACUGUCGAUCUUGCGACUGUAACAAUAACAUCGACUUGAAUGCUGUUCGAAACUGCGAUCAUGAAAGCGGCGAAUGUCUAAAGUGCGUGAACAACACAGCUGGUUUUCAUUGCGAGGAAUGUCUUGCAGGGUACUAUGGAGACGCUCUGUCCGAUCGUAAAGAAGAUGGAUGCAAGUUGUGUCAAUGUUAUCCACCGGGUACCAUCGAACUUGACGAUGGCAGAGUAGCGCCUUGCGAGCAGUUGACAGGUCAUUGCAGGUGCAAGCCUCAUGUAAUCGGUCGCAAUUGCGAUAAAUGCGAAGAAGGAUAUUAUCAUAUACUGAGUGGCGAGGGAUGUGCACCUUGUAAUUGUGAUCCUGAAGGAUCUUACAAUCGUACUUGCAACCCCAUUAACGGCCAAUGCGAAUGUAGACCUGGUGUUACUGGUCAACAUUGCGAUGCAUGUCUUCCUUAUCAAUAUGGAUUCAGCAGAGAAGGUUGUAAAUCUUGCGAGUGUGACAAUAUUGGUUCUCAAGAUCUGCAGUGUGACACUAGUGGUCAGUGCCCGUGUCUCACGAACGUGGAAGGAAGACGUUGCGAUCGUUGCAAGGAAAACAAACAUAACAGGCAAAACGGAUGCGUAAAUUGUCCGGAUUGUUACAAUCUUGUUCAAGAUGCAGUCGAUAAUCAUAGAGAACGUUUAGCUGAACUGGAAAACACACUCAAGAAAAUUAACAGCAGUCCAACCGUCAUAAAAGACUCCGACUUUGAAAAGGAACUGAAAAACGUACACGACAGAGUGAAGAAUCUUUUAAAGAUUGCGAAACAAGGAUCUGGGAAUGAAAAUAAAACUUUGGUGGAACAACUCGAUGAACUACACGAUCAGUUGAAUGAAAUUGGACAGAUCUCGCAAACGGUAGAUUUAACUAUUUCUGAUGCGAACGAUACUACUGCUGAAGGUUUGACGAGUAUCGAGGAAGCAGAAAGAGUGCUCGACAAAAUACACGCUCAGUUAACUGAAGCAGAGGAUUAUUUGGCCACGGACGGGGCGUCUGCAUUAUUUGAAGCGAAAGUGCUCGCGGAACAAGUUGGCCAACAAAACAAACAGAUGACCGCGACUGCGCAAGAAGCACGUGUAUUGGCUGACUUAAACGUUAACGAAGCUAAGAAGAUUCAUGCACUGGCAGAGCAAGCUCGGAGUACAACGAUAGAAGCGUACAAUCUUGCAAAGACAGCUAUAGCGAAAAGCACCAAUCUGACCGAAGAUAUAAGAGGUUUGGAGAAUAAAUUGGAGCUAUUAGAGCGUAGUAUGAACGAAGUGCAAAAUCUUACCAGUAUAGCAGCUAAUAAAUCAUCCGCUGUUUCGCAGGAAGCAAUAGACUCAUUGAUUCUCAAUGUAGCACUUCCGCCUGUUGACAUUCAGCAAUUACAAAGUCAAGUUAAAGAGGUUAACAAUGAGGGAUUGCGGUUGAAAGAGGAGGCGCAAUUGUUAAUAGAUCGGCAUGAAAAUCUUAUAACCGAGAUGGUAGAAAAAAUAAAGAAAAGCGAAGAAUUGCUGGACGGGGCGCAGGUUCAGCAAGCAGCUACUGCCGAUCUUUUGGCAGAAUUGGACAGAGCGAAUGAAAAAGCAAACGACGCUGUGAAACGAGGUGACCAAACUUUAAAGGAAGCUCAAGAAACACUGAAAAAACUAGGCGAGUUUGAUGCUGAAGUGAAACGUGAACGCAUCAAAGCUCAAGAUGCAUUGAAAGGUAUAGACGACAUCUUGAUGAUGAUUGCGGAUGCGAGACGGCAAGCUAUGCAAGCGGAGGAAGUGCUGAUCGGGUCAGAAAAUAACGCCAAAAAUGCUCGUAAAAUAGCGCAGAAUGCUCAGACGUACGCAGAGGAAGCUAGCGCAAAAGCAAACGUUAUUAGAACCGAAGCAAAUAAGACCAAGGUAGAAGCACUUCGCGUAGGAAACGAGGCAGAAAAAUUACAUCUGAGGGUUGACACUACAGACUCUAUGAUGACAAAGUACGAAAUUCAAAUUGACCAGGAUACGAAUAUCGCAACAGAAGCAAAUCAUAAAAUUGGCCAAACGAAAAUCAACGUAACCCUGGCAACGCAACAAGUGGACAAAGCAUUAGCCGAAGUGGCCGAAAUAAUAAAAGACCUUGACAAUCUGCCGAAAAUAAAUGAGACCGACUUGAACGAUCUGGAAGAACGUCUAGUCGCGGCUGAAAAGGAGAUCGCGGUUGCAAAUCUGGAUCAAAGGAUCCGUGCAUUAACGGAUGCAAAGAAUUUGCAAACACAGUGGGUAAAGAAUUACGAGGACGAGAUUAGUAGAUUAAGAAUAGAAGUUGGGAAUAUCGGUGACAUAAGGAAAGUUUUGCCUGUCGAGUGUCACAAGCGUGUACGAUUGGAACCGUAAUUAUUAGUAUGUUGUAAACUAUACGAUACUUAAAAGUGCGAUCGUUCCAUUCUUUUUUUUUCAUAUCGCUAGAAGUGCCUUACGUGCAUAUAAAAAAAAUGUGGAUCGAGGAAGAUACUUAAUGAAUAUAUUUUGAAUCAAUGUCUUUAUAAAAACCAAUAUGGAACGCUGUACGUUACAGUUAUAUAUUCAAAAAUGGUAAAGAAUAUUUUUCAUUCGAAUAACAAAAUUAUUUCUCACUUUAGCGAAUCGUUAGGUAAACAAAGUAAUAUUCUUUUCGCAUUUAUACUUACGUUAUUUUAUUUAACGAAUCAUUUAAAACUGCUUUUACAUAUAUUUUUAACGAUUAAUUUCAUGCGUGUACACGAUACGAGUGAUUGCAAUAAUGAACACUAUACCAAAGAUUUUAUAUAAUAGAAAUAUUUUUUCCUCUGCUGUCAUUACUAGGUCAUUUGCGUUAUUAAAUUUUUCUAACAUCUUUGUAACACGAUUUCUUUAUACUUGCGUACAAAACGUGUAUAUAGUAUCUAUGUACAUUCGUUUUGUUGUAACUGCCAUGUCUUUUUAAGUCUUUGUUUUUUUUUUAAGUUCUAUGAGAGCUUCCAGAGUUCCUCCAACGAAAAGGCAAGUGUUUUAAUUUCCAAAUGUACAAAAUUGAAUGUAUUACAUUGCGUGACUUAUUUAUACGGUUGUAAGGGCAGAAUAAUGCAUUACUUUUACAUUCAAAAAAAGAAAAAAACAUUUGAGUAAUCUAAAGGAGAGCAAUAGAAGCCUAAAUAUAUUUUACAAUAUAUAUCGUCAUAAAACUCUUUUUAUGUAUAAUACUUUUAUAAAAAUAUUGUUGUC